UCUGGGAGUGUAACGCAGAGAACUCUCUCUCUCUCUCUCUCUCUCUCUCUCUCUCUCUCUCUCUCUCUCUUUAUUAUCCAUUCAUUUUGGGUGAGGAAACUCUCGCAGAGAACAAAAUCUGGGGAGUUUGUGAGGAGGCAUUAAAGGCUAUGGCGGCGGCUAGAAGAGCGGCUUCUUCUCUCCUCUUUCGUUGUCUCUACGCAUCUCCACGCUUCCAUGGAGGUAGAGCAAAUGCCCUGUCUUCGGGGAUUCUCCAAAGGUUUAGCACCGCAGCCGCAACCGAAGAACCGAUCACACCGCCUGUUCAAGUCAAUUACACCCAACUCCUGAUUAAUGGACAAUUUGUGGACUCGGCAUCUGGUAGAACAUUCCCAACCUUGGACCCUCGCACUGGGGAGGUCAUUGCCCAUGUUGCCGAGGGAGAUGUCGAAGAUAUCAAUCGUGCCGUCGUUGCCGCUCGCAAGGCAUUUGAUGAAGGGCCUUGGCCAAAGAUGACAGCUUAUGAAAGAUCCCGCAUUCUCUACAAGUUUGCGGAUUUGAUUGAGAAACACAACGAUGAGCUUGCUGCUCUUGAGACUUGGGAUAAUGGGAAGCCAUAUGAACAGGCUGCAUUAGCUGAAGUUCCAAUGUUAGCCCGUCUGAUGCGCUACUAUGCUGGUUGGGCGGAUAAGAUACAUGGCCUCAUUGUGCCGGCCGACGGCCCGCAUCAUGUGCAAGUCUUGCAUGAGCCAAUCGGUGUUGCGGGUCAAAUCAUCCCAUGGAACUUCCCGCUUCUUAUGUAUGCUUGGAAAGUUGGGCCGGCACUGGCUUGCGGAAACACCAUUGUACUUAAGACGGCUGAACAAACUCCUUUAUCGGCUUUAUACGUGUCAAAGCUGUUGCAUGAGGCUGGUCUACCCGAUGGUGUUUUGAAUGUGAUCUCUGGUUUUGGUCCCACUGCUGGUGCUGCUCUUGCUAGCCACAUGGAUGUGGACAAGCUUGCUUUUACUGGAUCGACCAAUACCGGUAAGAUCGUUCUUGAAUUGGCUGCAAGAAGCAAUCUUAAGCCAGUGACUCUUGAGCUCGGAGGGAAGUCUCCUUUCAUCGUAAUGGACGAUGCUGAUGUCGACCAGGCCGUAGAGCUCGCUCAUUUUGCACUAUUCUUUAAUCAGGGACAAUGCUGCUGUGCUGGGUCUCGCACAUUUGUACAUGAAAAAGUGUAUGACGAGUUUGUAGAGAAAGCGAAAGCGCGUGCUUUGAAGCGUGUUGUCGGCGAUCCUUUCAAGAAAGGAGUUGAACAAGGCCCUCAGAUUGAUGAUGAGCAGUUCUCCAAAGUUCUGCGCUACAUAAAGUCGGGCAUCGACUCGGGGGCUACCCUUGUAGCUGGCGGAGAUAGAUUCGGCAGCAAAGGAUAUUACAUCCAGCCGACCAUAUUCUCGGAUGUGCAGGAUGAAAUGACCAUAGCUCAAGAGGAGAUAUUCGGCCCAGUUCAAUCUAUCCUCAAGUUCAAGGAUAUUAACGAAGUCAUCAAGAGGGCAAAUGCCAGCAGGUACGGGUUGGCGGCCGGGGUCUUCACCAACAACCUCGACACCGCCAACACGCUGGCUCGUGCUCUGAGAGUCGGGUCCUUGUGGAUCAACUGCUUCGACGUCUUCGAUGCGGCGAUCCCCUUCGGCGGCUACAAGAUGAGCGGGCAGGGCAGGGAGAAGGGCAUCGACAGCCUGAAGAACUACUUGCAGGUCAAGGCAGUCAUUACGCCGUUGAAAAACCCGGCCUGGCUGUAAUUAUCAUGCCAAUGAGUCGCUGCUGCGAUGUUUAUUUUGAAAAUAUGAAUGUUUGCCGGUUGUAAUAAUAAGCAUUAUUAAUUAUUGCAUGGAAUUGAGAUGAGAUCUCUGUGAUAAUGCAGCUCCUGUUUCUCUGCUAGUUUAGUAUUAUGGAACUGCACCUUCUGAGUUUCCCCAAAUUUCAGUGUUAUCAAUGUGAAAUUUUUCAUCAUUUUCUGAAAGUGAGGGGCAAAAUUUUAUAAAA